AUGAUGCUAAGCUCCGGGGUCACAGCUUUACUACACAUUAUUGUGUGUUGGGGUCUUGUUUUUAAAUCUGGACUUGGAAGUAAAGGUGCUGCCUUGGCGAUUACUAUUUCAAAUUGGAUUAAUGUAGUUCUGUUAGCAAUAUAUGUAAAAUACUCGCCAGCUUGCGCGAAAACUUGGACUGGCUUUUCAAAAGAAGCAUUGCAUGAUAUUUCCAGCUUCGUAAAGCUUGCGGUUCCUUCAGCAAUCAUGAUAUGCUUGGAGUAUUGGUCAUUUGAGAUGGUGGUUCUGCUAUCCGGUCUUCUUCCAAAUCCUAAACUAGAGGCAUCUGUGCUAUCAAUAAGCCUUAACACAUGUUGGAUGGUCUAUAUGAUCUCUGUUGGCCUUGGUGGUGCCAUAAGUACAAGAGUAUCAAAUGAACUAGGGGCUGGGCGCCCACAAGGUGCACAUUUGGCCCUCUGUGUUAUGAUCAUCAUCGCCCUGUCAGAGGGUGCAGUAGUUGGAAUUACUACAAUUUUGGUACGCCAAGUAUGGGGAAAGCUCUACAGCAAUGAAGAAGAAGUGAUCAGAUAUGUUGCUAAUAUGAUGCCAGUGCUAGCGCUAUCUGACUUCUUGGAUGGAUUCCAAUGCGUGCUUUCGGGGGCUGCGAGAGGAUGUGGAUGGCAAAAUCUGUGCGCAUUUAUCAACCUUGGAGCUUACUAUGUUGUGGCAAUUCCGUCAGCUGUUCUCUUGGCUUUCAUCUUCCACGUUGGAGGCAUGGGGCUUUGGAUGGGGAUCAUAUGUGGCCUCAUUGUCCAAGUUGUGGCGCUUGUUACAGUAAAUGCAUGUACAGAUUGGGAUCGAGAGGCAGCUAAAGCCAUCAGUCGAGUCCGAGAAACUAGCAUUGACUCGCAUGAAACAUAA